AUGCUCUCUGAAUUCCCUGUCACGGACAUCAUCACAUUACAAAUUUCUACGAUACGGCGGUAUGUGCUUACCUCUACUGCUCCUGGCCUGUCUAGUCUGUCAUCCAACGACUUGGGACCGACUCUUAAAUUCGCGGAAUUUGGCCUCUCCUGCGUGAGCCAUACAGAUCCCUUCAUCAGAGCACACGCUGGGGAGCUCUGUGUUCGUCUGGCCUACCAGCAGAAGUUGCCGCUACAAUGGACCGCAAAGCUUAACUUUGUCACAAAUGAUUCCACGGAGGACUGUUCCGAUAUGGUUAGUACAUUUUUUCCGGACCGCAUUUCCACAGAUAUUCGGGCCCCAAGUCAACCAGCAGUGUUUUCUAUGGCUGCGUCCCCUGUCGGCGGACAUGGUUUCAGCGGCAAGGCCAAUUGA